AUGAUUGGAGAUCUUUUAUGGAAAUUAUCUUUAAAAGAACAAAAAGACACAAAGAAUCAACAGUACAUAUAUUCAUUAUUAGAUAAUGAUGAUUAUCAUAGAGUUGUUUUUAUAGAUUUUGAUGAUCUAAUGAUUAAUGAGGUUAAGAAAAAUAAACAAAUUCAUUUUAAAAAAAAGAUAAUUUAUUACUGGUAAAGAGGAUGCCUGUAAUAAUUUUUUAGAGGUUAUACUUUGGGUAGAAAUUUGAUAUAUGACUGUUCAGAAUCUAUUCGGAAGGAAGUUGUAAAAAUAGAUUAUUUAGAUCAAUUUUUAAUAAUUUCAUCAAUAAGUGGAGAAACUGGAUCAGGAUUUACAUCAUUACAAUUAGAAAAUUAACAGAGGAUUAUGGAAAGAAAAUAAAAUGUAAUAUAUUUUGAAUUAAUAAGCAUCUUUUAUUGA